GGCAAGAAAAGAAAGAGCCAAAGUUAGGUUAGGGUUGUGUUUGGGAGUUUGUUUUUGUCGGGUCCAGCUUAUCUUUGUCCUCUAUUUCCUUGUAAUUUUUGGCCACCGGAGACCGGAGGUCGACAAGUUGAUCAGAAGAUAGAAGCUGGCGUUCUAAAUAACAGCUUUUUUCGUGUCUGAACCGCUUAUGAUGGCAUCUCAUGUUUCGUGAACGUCUAUGCACCAGUACCCACGAUCGGCUUAAUCUGUGUUCGAAAAUAAGUUAAUUAUCUCUUUUCUCCAGUUUUAUGUAGUUUCAACAAAUGUUAAAUUCCAGGUUUGAAUUGUGAAAACCACGGUUAAGGUGACGGAGAAAAAGCAGAAAUGAUAGAUAACUCUGGAAGCCAUGUUUCAAGAUAGCAAGAGGGAUAGUGUUUACUUCAACAUUGACCACAUUGUUCAUUCAACAGGAGAACAGCAGCAUCUGUUACAAAGGCGCAAACUGCUGAGGUCAUGGCGGCAACUAACCAGGCUGCAGAAAAAUUUGAUGUGUUUUGUGAUGGUUGUGGGUGUGCUAAUGUUGGCGUUUUGGAUACUUGUCAGAGGACUCUUCAGUGAUAUCACCAGAAAUGAGCUCACAUUUAUAGAUCCAAACUCUGGGCCUCUGCCGAACAAUGCUCCCUCACCAGAGAAACUGAUCGACCAAUUAGUUGUGGAAGAGCCAAGCGUUAACAAAAGAAUAGAUACCAUCGUAAAUGUAAAGGAUCAGUAUGAAGAACCACAGAAAGAGGAAGAGGAAGAAGAUAACAAACUUGAUUCGUAUGCAGAUGCUGCUGCGAAGGAUGGUCUUAAAGAAAACGGUAAGCAAAAGUCUCUGCAUUUGAAGGAGCCUGAGACAGUGGAAAAACCCAAAACCGUGGCCAAAGGACCAGUAGUAUUUGCACCUGCUGACAACCCUCGGCAGAAGAGUGUCAUAAAGGCAUUCUUGCAUGCCUGGCAUGGGUACAAGAAGUUUGCUUGGGGCCAUGACCACUUAAAGCCCAUCUCAGGUGGCAAAGAUAACUGGUUUGGUCUUGGCUUGUCUAUUGUUGACUCGCUAGAUACAAUGUACAUAAUGAAUCUAAAAGAUGAGUUCCAGGAGGCUCGCGACUGGGUAGACAAACAUUUAGACUUGAAUAACUUGAAUGAUGUCAAUCUGUUUGAGGUGACAAUUCGUGUUUUAGGUGGCUUGCUAACUGCUUAUCACUUCUCCGAUGACCCUAUUUUCUUGGACAAAUCUAUGGAGUUGGGAGAUCACCUAUUGCCUUGCUUUAGUAAGUCUCCAUCGGGAAUUCCCUACUCAGAUGUUAACCUUGCAUCUAGAAUUCCCCAUUCACCAAGAUGGAGUCCAGAUUCAAGCACCUCAGAAGUUACAACGGUCCAAUUAGAAUUUAGAGAUCUCAGUCGCUCAACCAAGCUACCAAUUUUUGAGAAAUAUGCCGCUAAUACUUCAAAAAUUGUACAUGGUCUGAAAAAGAUGGACGGGCUGGUUCCUAUCUUCAUUAACCCUGUAACAGGAAAGUUUUUGGCCAAUUCUGAAAUCAAGUUGGGUGCACGCGGUGACAGUUACUAUGAAUAUCUGCUAAAACAGUGGAUACAAACUGGCAAAACAAUUGAUUAUUUACGAGAUGAUUAUCUGGAGGCAAUUGAUGGCGUCUCCAAACAUCUUGUCCGAUAUACUGGUAUUCAUAAGUGGUUGUUCAUUGGAGAGUUGAAAAGCGGGUCCCGAGAAUUUUUUCCAAAAAUGGAUCACUUAGUGUGCUAUUUACCAGGAACCCUGGCUCUUGGCGUUCACCACGGGUUACCGCAGCACCAUCUUGAUUUAGCCAAUGGUCUUUUGCAAACAUGCUAUCAGAUGUAUGCUCUCCAGCCAACGUUUCUGUCACCUGAGAUAGCAUACUUCAACACAGAUGCCACUGGCAAGCCUGACUUGUAUGUGUUACCAAAUGAUGCUCAUAAUUUAUUGCGUCCUGAGUUCCUAGAAAGUUUAUUCUAUAUGUAUCAGAUCACCGGGAACACAACUUAUCAAGACUGGGCCUGGAAUAUAUUUCAGGCAUUUGAGAAAUACACGAAGGUUGCUAAUGGGUACUCCUCAAUCGGGAACGUUCUGGAUCCUCAAAACACAAAGCCUCGCGAUAAAAUGGAAUCAUUUUUUCUCAGCGAAACUUUAAAAUAUCUGUACCUCAUUCUUAGUUCAGACCGACGGCUCCUAGAUAUAGAUAAAUAUGUGAUAAAUAGUGAGGGACACCCACUUCCCAUCUACGACUCCUGAUGAGAUUUUGUAAUGGCUCUGCGUCGUGCAUUUAAAUUAUUAUUGCGGCAAGCAGACUGCAGGAUCAUUACACUCUUAAUUUAUGUUUUCUGGUCUCCAGCUGGCAAUUAGAAUUGCAAAAAUCAACGAACAAGUGACAAAGACUUAGAAAAUUUCAGAUUUAAGUUUCAGUGAGUUGGUUAACCCUUUCAUUACCAGGCGAGAUUCUGUGUGCGUAUGCUCCACAGCUGGCAUUAGUUGUCAUGCAAAAAAAUUAGAGCACACUCUGUCAGGAAGUUUCUAAACUUGUAGUUCGAAUUAUUUUAGAAUGGUAAAGUUACAAAUGUGAAUUCUUCUAAGUGAUGGUUGAUAAAUGAUAGCAGAAUCCUUACAGGAAGGAUGCGGUCAUGGUGAACGCAGAUGUUGCGUCUGCGGUAAUGGAACGGUUCACUCCGGUGAUUCAAAAAGUCAAAGUGAACCUGAUAGUAGUUAAACCUAGUUGAAUCUAUUUCUUCUAAGAUUCAGUUUCUGUUUUUUUAAUUAGCACAGUAUUCAUGAGCAUUACAGUUGAAUUUUACGGCAAAUCUUUCUUACAUCUUAGGCAAUCUUCCUCUGUUUUGUGCUUCCUUUCCGUCCGUUACAGGAGACUUACAAUUAGUUAAAGUAAAUAUGGGUCUUUUUCAUAGGAGUAAUGCCUUAAUCUAAGUUCGAUUGUACCUUCAUUGUCAAGGGCAAAGAGAGGAGUCCAAGCUUGUGAUUUUUCGAAAACCUGUAGCAUUAAUUCCUCUGUUUUAUUGAAACGGUCAGGUAUGUUUCCUAUGACUGUGAUGUCUCUUCCUAUAAGGGAAUCAUUCAACUUAAAACCUGUGAAGAUAACAGAGAUUGAUGAAUCAACUCUGCUAAUUAAAGUCGGCAUCAUACUCAUGAACGGAUAAUUAUGGCUACUAACUUUUGAGCUCAUGUCUGUCAAUAUAUUUUCUCAAUUCGUAGUUUCUUUGAGGCAUUUUUAAUCCAGAAUUAAUGGAUCACUAGACAAAGUUCGAAUUUAAGCAUUCUGAUACAUGUCUCUUAAACAGAAUUUCAUGCAGAACACGAGUCUUGCAUCAAAAAUUAUUGACAUUAACUUCUAACUAAGAUAUUAUCGUUUUUAUUUUACAUUGCUUACUGGACAUUUGAUCUGCCCGGUCAAAGAAACACAAUACUCCACAGGAGUCAAAUUGCGCACUACAACGGUUUUGGCAGGCUUCUCAAUCAAACAUCGUUCAUUUCCCACCCUUUAUUAGUCGAAGUGUAAACAAUUUGCUAUAGCUGAGCCAAAGCGUCAAGAUUGAGAUUGCCAUAUUUUCAUAUCGCAGAGACUGCCACUGUAACGUUUAGUUUGCGAUCUGACUCACCUAGACCAUUGAGUUUUCAUGAGCGGGAGAUUUGAAUUCACGUGUCAAGAAAGAUUGAAUAUCUUGGUUAGGAGCCAUUUUCAGUAAUUUUUGUUGAGCAGAUCGUGUUUUACGUCAAAUUUUGGUUAAGGAGCAUAAAUCAGAAUACUUAACUUCACACCAUGUCUAGCAGUCCAUUGUCAGGAAAUGAAACUAAUUUCUGAGAGGGCUUUCAUUAAUUUAUUUUCAUGGAAGGCUUUGUGAAUUUUCUGAAUCCAAGACCUCUACCUGAUGAGAAAGCUAGUGAAUCGAGUAAAAUGAUUCCAUAAGAACAUUGUUUAGAACCUACCAAGCCACUUAGUUUUCUUUGUCGAUGAGACAUGAGGAGCAAUGAGAUGGAUAAAAAUGUUUCAGGAGAAAGGUGUGUGCACAAUUUUUAAGACCAAUGCCAUUUCUUUGUAGUUUGUUGGAGACCAUUUUUAUUUAUGCAGCAAUAUUUAUGAGAAAAUUUGUGAACAAUAAUAGAAUUUCUGAAUGAGGUGGAAAUGAAAAUAAAACAGUCUAACCAUUUAAGUUGGAUGGUGUCAGUGAGUAAAUUAGUUUGUCACGAAUUAGGAAAUUCGUUGGUUAAAGCAAUACACCUUCAUCAUUAAUUUUGUGCUUUGGGUCCUUGAAAAAAAUAUUUAGAAUUUAAAGAGAAAAAAUAUUCAAGCAUAAAUGUUCAUUUAUUCGUUUGUUGUCUGUUCACUGGAGUUGCUGGUUGCAGUUUGUGCCGUUACCUCAUGAAUUUUUUGGCUCAUAUUUUUUUCGUGUUUUCUACUGUAUGUAAGAGAAAGGUAAUUGCAAUUUUAGUAAUAAUCUCAAAGGAUUUUGAAUUUUUAAAAUGCAUGUAGAUGUCUUGCUUUAUUCAAUAAAUCAUCAGACAAGGGACACUUAAAACUGUCUCAACUUUUAAAGUAAAUCUUUUGCAAAAUAUUUUGCAUGAAACACAUUACAUCAUGAAAAGACAAUGGACAACGCUCAAACUGCUUAUGAAUCUUUAGAAUUAUGAAGAUUGAACCAAUAAUAUAUGCCAAGACGCUCUUAAUUUCAUGCAUUCUGUUCUAUUCUUGUAUACUAAUGUAAUAUAGUCUGUGGCGAUUCUCACAGGUCAGCAACAUCGAACUUUUCCCUUUUGAUUGCAUGGAAAACCAUUUCAAUCUAUAGAAGUAGACUGCUUCACACACUAUCAAUUAUUCAUAAUAGAAUAGAAAAAUGGAGCAAAAGCAGUGUUUCCAAUGUGAAAGAAUCCCCACUGAAUAUAUGGCGUAUUAAUAAUAACUAUACAGUGCAUUUGUAAUUAUAGAUUUCGACCGUGUAAGUCGGCAAUCACAUAACCUGGUUUGCGACGUCGCAGACUUCCUGUCAUACUGUAUUUUUUUUAACGGAAAAUUACUCAACGGCAAUUCUUUAAAACUGCCGUGAUUUUUCUUCUCUGUGCAAAGGAAAUUCUGUAUAAACUCCAAGGAAUGAUGUCAAUUUGAUCUUUAAAAAUACAACCCAGAGGCGGAGUUUUUCAGACGCUGCAAACGAGAUAUGUGAUUGCGGACUUACGCUGUCGAUAUGUGAUUGUCUACAGGAGAGGGAAUCUUAGUGCUCAAAAACUCAACAUUUAAGUAUUGGUACCAAUGCAUAGGGGAAUUUAUCACUAGAGCAGUGGCAUACACUGAAAAACAUCAAAGUUAUGAUAGUUUUAAGUUUGAAAACAAUUUUGAGAAGAAUCUAUCACAGGUUUCCAUGGCUCAGAAUUGUCAGACUUUGAUGCUACAUUAUUAUGCCCUCUGAAGAAUGAACGGAACUACUUACAACUUAUUCUAUGAGACAUCGUAAAAUGUUCCUAGAAAAUUUUAAUUCAAAUCUCCUCUCUUGAAAAUGUUGUGACUGUACCGUUUUCCUUCUCCUGAAAGCAAUCACAUAUUAUAUUAUUGUAAAUAUGAACUGUGAUUCAUAACUUAUUUUGCAUGUGUCGAUUCUCUUCUUAUUUGAUAGAUCUUUUUUUUUUUUGUCACUUGCUUUCGAAGAGAAGAUAUACUGACGGUAAAACUGCAAAAAUGCUUAUUUUGGUUUGCAGCAAGGCAGUCCUACUGUCAAAAUUUAUUUUUUUAAAUGAGAAAAUAUUCAAUGUCAAUGUUGAUGUGUCCUCCUUUGACAAAAUGACAUGGGAGUGGACACUUUCAUCACCACUAAUAUGCUCUUUUUUUUCCAGUAAAAACGUUCGAUAUGGAGAAAUGCUUCAGAGUUGACUGUGUAUUUCAGCUAUUUCUAGGUCUGGAGCUGAUAUCACAAUUUCUCAAACCUUUUGGCGUGUCCCUAAUAUUUAGUGUCGGUUUCUCUGUGCUCCUUGAACUCUUUUAAUGCUUUGCCAUUUUGCCUUUGCACAGUACACAAGGCCCCUUUGCCUUUGUUGCCCAUUAAUCAGCUAUCUGCCUUUUCAGUCACAGUGCUGUACAAAGGCCUAGUUGAUUUUCAGACCCUAGUUGUUUCUUUUGCUGCCUUGAUAGUUAUCUUGUCAAACCGAAUUGAUCAGUUUCUCCUGUUUCGAAAAUCGGCAGUUACAUCUCAAUGCGAAAGAUGAGGGAAAAAAUGUAUACCAUUAAAUGCAUGAAAAGACCCACCAUUGCUGUACAGUGUAAAUUUAAAGCUGUUUUUCUCUCUACUGCAUGAAUGAUGUGAUACUUCUCGGUGAUACUUACUUUAAGUCGACUUUAAUUUUGAUCUUGACUAUCUCGUGAGUGAUGGUGCAUGCAGUGCUCAGACCUAUAACUAACCGGUUAGUUUCUAGGAAGCAUUUAUUUGUUGCGCAUGCACUAUUUUAGUUGUCAGCUGCAUCUUUUUAGGAUCUUUUGACUUAUCAUUAAAUUUAUUUUCAAUUGUUUUAAAAUAAGAUUUUUAUUUUGUUGAUACAUUGCCUAGAAAUUGUUGUGUUUUGUUAGUCAUUCUCUGUUUUAGAUAUUAGAUACUUGGCACAUUGCUCUGUGCUGGUAUGCCAUCUAACAUUAUUUUGAAAAUUUAGCCACCUUGUUUGCCUCUCUUUUCUUUUGUUGAUUACAGUUUUGCUUCGCUUUGAUACUUGUUUGGAGGGAAAUUAAGAAGAGAUCCCAUUUUCAUUUAUACCUUCAGAUGGAAAUGAAUGGCUAUGACUGCUCUACUUUGUCAUCUUGUUGAAAAUCAGUUUGAGAAGAGAUAAAUCCUAAUUAGCAUUUGAGUAAAGUAUAAAAUAACAAAGAUUCUAAACAAGUCUUAGGUUUAUCACCAAUCAAUAAGUUGAGACCAUUUGAUUGAAAUAUGUAUUCCUUCUUUCUUUUUGAGUCAUAUCGCAUAUUCCUCUGAAAGAAUGUCAUAGUGUAUGUAGGGUUUUAAAGAUGAUUGAAUUUUGAAUGGACGUAUAUGAUUGUAAACAAUGAACCCAUCCUAAAAUUGUUUAUUCUAUUUACAAUUGCUUCGAAAAAGUGGAUAUGUUUAUAGAUAGGUUUUGGUUGGUUUUCAGACUUUUUUUUAGUUAAAAAGAAAAAUUGCAAUAUUUUUGGAAGGGUUUCCUGGACUCAUCAAUAUGGAAGGCACUAACAUAGGGUUUUCAUAACUAGUGGAUCUAAAUUUUAUCAAAAAGGCAUAAAUUUGAUGUUUAAAAUUUUCGACCCCUGAGCUCCUGUAAAAUUAUGAUUUUGCAUCUUGAAGGUUAUGGUAAUUCUUAUUCUCAGUUAAAACUGCUAUCAGAUAAGUUGUCAGUUGUUCAUUUUUUAUUGUCUCGCGUAAUAGACCAAUGCAUGCAUUGGUGCAAAAUAGCAGAGGUGUCCACCGUCAAUCCUUGAUGGCCAUUGGAUGACAGCAACGCAGUCACUUGUGAACUGAAAGUAAGCAACUACCAACUUAUCUGAUGCUAGUUCUGGUGAAUUGUUGGCCAAUAAUGAUUCAGUUAGUUUCGUUUUUCUUCCACUCCUAUUAAAGAAUCCAGUUUCCAAAUCAUUUCAAGGGACUACGCUUUUUACUCUCUAGUAACCUUUCCUGCAGUGUAUUUUGUAUCUUGCAUUGACACAUCAUCAAAAUUGGUGAAAUUACGAGGUAAAGCCAGAAUUAUUGUUUUAAUUUAUUAGCUCAACAAGAUGCCUUUCUGAUGAUGAUUUUCGUUUUCCAGGAGCUCAAAUUGUCUUUAUUUUGGAUUUUCUGUGUUUUUUAAUUUUUAAGAGGUAUAAAUUAAAAUUUGUCAAUUUUUCAAAUAUAUGCAUACAUUUUUUCCAAUCUAA